AUGCGUUGGGCCCGUCCAAGCACCUGGGCCUUACCCAAGACGCCCAGCAGUAUCGCCCCGAGCCAUGUGUGGAGUAAUGCAGUCGCAGCGCUGUGUAAUGCUAUUCCAACAGUUCUCAACGGUGGGGUAGGCGCAGAUCUGCAUGUCCCCUUUCCCGUUGCCAUUCGUGCAAGUUAUGGAACAUAUUUUGGCUAUUUCUGCGUCGCUUCGAGAGCUAUCCUGGCGCUAUUCUGGUUCGGCGUCCAAAGUUCUUACGGAGGGCAGUGUGUGACUCCAAUCAUCACCGCUAUUUGGCCCAGUUAUGCAAAACUUCCAAACCACCUUCCCGAAUCGGCAGCCAUCACCACUCAAGGAAUGGUGUCUUACGUGAUAUACCAUGUGGCCCAGGCACCUUUCUUGUUUAUUCCGACCCAUAGACUACAAUACAUGUUCAUCUUCAAAUCAGCCCUCGUUCCACCCAUGGCAUUAGCUAUGGUAAUUUGGAUCAGCGUGGAAGCUGGAGGCGGAAGUGACUUGUUUCAUGCAGCACCCACCGUGCAUGGUUCUGAGCGGGCCUGGUUGUGGUUGAUGAACAUGACCUCAAUUACUGGUGGUUUCUCGACCCUGGCGGUCAAUAUAUCCGACUUUUCUCGCUUUAGCAAGAAACUGGGCAGCCCCGUUAGGCAACUUCCUAUAAUCCCCUUAUUCAAGGUUAUCACUGGACUUUUUGGCAUUAUCGCCGCCAGUGCUUCACAAAGAGUUUACGGUACAAUCCUAUGGAGUCCCCUACAAAUCAUUAAUCAGUGGCAAGGGUCGCCUGCGAGUAGGGCGGCAGCUUUCUUCUGCUCGUCUCUGUGGUUCCUAGCGCAAAUUUGCAACAAUAUAUCUGCCAAUUCCUUCUCGUUUGCUAACGACUUGACAACGAUGUGCCCCAAAUGGGUCAAUAUCAGACGUGGAAUGGUUGUAUGCAUGCUGAUUGGAGGCUGGGCGCUAUGUCCUUGGAUUAUCAUCAAGAACGGCAAGACAUUUCUCAGUUUCAUGGGGGCCUAUUCUAUCUUCAUGGCCCCGAUUGCAGGCAUCUUGUUCUGCGAUUACUGGUUGAUCAAACACCGCAAAUACGACGUUCCAGCCUUGUAUGAUCCCCGGGGAAUCUAUUACUAUCAAUUUGGAACCAAUUGGCGUGCUCUUGCGUGCAAUUUGGUGGUUAUAGUCCCAUUGUUACCAGGCCUAGUCAACGCCGUUACGCCUAAUACUACUCACAUCAAUAUCGGGCUGAGACAUUUGUAUUCAAUCAACUAUCUGUACGGCUUCUGUCUAUCAACAGCACUGUAUUUUGCAUUAAACUAUUUCUGGCCACAUCGCGGCACUCUUAUUCCUGCUGUGGUACCCGGAGUGGUAGUUGCUCAUAUGGCGGCGGUAGAUUCUGAUGUUGAAACGAUGCCUCCUGUGUUGGAAGAUAAGAUGACUCAGCAUUCGGAGAAAGCUGACUGA